UGCCUCUUCUCCUCCUUUGCAACUCUCUAGUUUCUACUACGAAGAACACCACUUUUUGGGAGAUGGAAAACAACAAACAUACAAACAUAUACUGUGUUUACUCGGGUUUUUAACUCUAAAAAACACUCCUUUUAUCAAAUCCAAGGAAGGUUCUUGUUUUUUAGCCUUUUUGUUUUGUUUUUGCAAGCUGGGUGCUGUUUCUCGUCUCCGAGACAGUCAUGGCGGAGGCUGGACCGGUUCAAUUCCCUGGAAAUUACCUGGACCCAUCUGCACAGGAAUUUUGGCCCGCCCAAAACGCUGUUUUCCAACCCCAAAUACCUCUCUUAAUGCCAUCGGAGCUUUACUAUCCGUACGCUGCCGCGCCACCCUUGACGGUGUCCUUUUCCGGUGGCGGAGUAGCACAGUUCCAUGUUGGGGUACCUGUGCCCUUACCUGCACCUUGCGUUACGGGUUCCGUGACGGUUUCACCUUUGCCGCCUCUUCCGCCUCCAAGUGCGGCGUCGGCGAGGGCUUUGGUGUUGACGUCGGUUCCGUGCGAUGUGAGCGAGUCUAGGGUGAGGGAAGAAUUGGAGGCGUUCGGGGAAGUACGCAUGGUCCAGAUGGAAAGGGUCGGGGAAGGAAUCAUGACCGUCCAUUUCUAUGAUCUGAGACACGCUGAGCGAGCGUUGAGAGAAAUACGAAACCAGCACAUUCAACGGCAAAAACAACAAGCCAUGGCUGGGUCAGCCGGACACGAACCAGGGGAGUCCGACGCGUGUACUCCACUGCCUCCUCCAGAGCGUGGACGGAUAUUGGGGGGAACCGUUUGGGCCCACUUCAUUAUCCCGGCCAGUAAUGCUUCGCCUGACGGGAAUAAUCAGGGAACUGUUGUCGUCUUCAAUUUACACCCCGGCGUUUCAAAUUCUGAACUCAGAGACAUUUUCCAAGCUUAUGGUCCCGUGAAGGAACUGAGAGAAACGCCAUUGAAGAAGCACCAGAAGUUCGUGGAGUUUUACGAUGUAAGAGACGCAGCUAAAGCUUUAAGAGAAAUGAAUGGAAAAGAAGUCAAUGGGAAACAAGUUGUAAUUGAAUUCAGUCGACCCGGAGGAUAUAGCAGAAAGUUCUUCAAUGCAAACUCUGCCGGCAGCAUUACGCCUAUCAAAGCUUACACUCAUAAUAUUUCAUUGAAACCCAGUAAAUAUACUCACCCGCCGCUGUCGGCGCCGCCGAUAGCUCCUAGAUUCUCUAACAGAUAUUCUCCCAACAUCCCUCGCUCGUUUCUUUCUCGAAGCCAAUCGCCGUCCAAGAAAGUGACUGAUUCUAGCAAGGGAAACCCUAAUGACAAUUACAAGAACAUGAGCUCAGCUGGAAUGACGGUCAUCGGUGGCGGUGCUGCUGCUAAGAAGACGGCGAAGAAGAGCCAAAACAACCAGUCGACGCAGAGGAUUAGCAAUGGGGCUAAGCAGCAGUGUAGGGGAAGGCCAUGGAAAGACAAACAAGAGAGGAAAUUCGAUCCUCGUUUCUUAAUAAGCGAAGAAGCCAUGGCGGAAUCUAAUUGCCAAGAUUCAAGGACCACUGUCAUGAUUAAGAACAUACCAAAUAAAUAUAGUCAAAAUUUGUUAUUGAACAUGCUGGACAAUCACUGUAUUCACUGCAACGAGCAAAUUGUCAACGCCGGCGACGACCAGCCUUUAUCUUCCUACGAUUUCGUCUACCUCCCCAUUGAUUUCAACAAUAAGUGUAAUGUGGGAUAUGGAUUUGUGAACAUGACAUCCCCUCAAGCAACUUGGAGAAUUUACAAGGCUUUCCAUCAUCAACACUGGGAAGUGUUCAACUCCAGGAAAAUCUGUGAAGUAACUUAUGCCAGAGUUCAGGUUUUUAAAAUUUUUGAAGUUUUUCUCUCUUGGUAUUGGAUCAAGAACAAUAGCUUUAAAUGGUACUCCAAGUUCCCAUGCGAUAUGGAUCACUAUCUUCCGGUAGUUUUCUCCCCGCCUCGAGACGGGAAGCUACUGACCGAACCAGUUCCCGUGGUUGGCGAAAAGCAGCAGCCGAGGCUUAUCAAUGACGGUCCCUCGCCGGCACCUGACGACGAACAAAGCGAUAGCGUUGACGAGACUUCUAGUGAAGGUAACCCGCCCGAAGGUUGUGGCGGUAGAGAAAAUAAUAACGCUUCCAUCACCCCUCUUUUCGGCGAUGUUGGCAGUGACACCCUGAACUGA